UGCGCUCGUUAGUAGCGUAACAGCCGGGAGCUCGGCUGUAUCUCCCGCGGUACUUGUACACUAAGAUAUACACGGGUGCAGUGCCCUGGAGGACAAAGCGCCCGGGUACGCUCAUUUGUACAGGAGACUGCUGCGAGCCCUGCAGCCAUGGCUAAACCUGGGGAGAGCUUUUGGGAUCUCAUAACGUUUCUGAAGAUCGGCUACGUGGCGAUAAUCUUCACAAUGAUCCUGAUGUUCUGGGCGUCGACGGUCCGGCUGCACGAGAUGCACGGCAGCAACUACAGGUCGGAUAGCUGGCAGCUACCGGUCCAGUACCCGCCCUGCUUUUUCAAUCCUCUGUGCACCUGUUCCAAGGUCAUACCCGAUCUCGGGAUCGUCACGUGCUACAACGUCCCUAUGCCCCGGAUACCCUACCACAUCAACUCUUCCAAGGUUUUCAUGCUGCAGCUCGAAAAUAAUGGCCUGAGAUCCAUACAGCCCCAUUUUCUCAUGAACACCGGGCUGUACAAGCUGCAGAUCAAGCAUAAUCCUCUAUCGGAUAUACCAGACGAGGCGUUCGUAGGGCUUGAAAGAUCGUUGUGGGAGCUUGAACUACCCUACAACCGUCUCGUGCGAGUGCCCAGCAAAUCGUUCAGACAUCUGCAGAAGCUGCGGCUUCUCGAUCUAACAGGUAAUCAGAUUUCGCACAUAGCUGCUGACAAUUGGCGUGGCUUGGAAAACUCUUUGCAAACUCUUAGAAUGGGUCGCAAUUCGAUCGACAAACUGCCAGCCGACGCUUUUGCCGGUCUUACGUUCUUGGAGUACCUGGACUUGCGCGAAAACAGUCUCCAAGAGAUCGAUCCGUCGGUUUUUCGGGACGGCAUGGCUCACCUAACUCACCUUUAUUUGAACGAUAAUCAGUUGCACCACAUACCCUACCAGCAGUUAUCCUACCUGAAGCGCAUGCGAGUAUUAGACUUGAGCUACAAUCGAAUCCGCCACAUGAUACAUCCACAAACAGAGGCGGAGGCGCGGGGCGUCUCAAUGUCCUUGGACGUAUUAAGGCUGGAUUACAAUCAGAUCAAUAUGCUGCCUCCCGAUUCUUUCCAGCAUUUCAGCAAAAUCAACAAAACGUACCUCAAUGGCAAUCCCAUUAUGAAGAUUGAGCAAGGGGCUUUCAAAAAUUCGAGGGUACGGGAACUAUACUUCACUGACUGCGAUAUUUACGAGAUCGAAUCGACGGAUUUCAUGGGUCUGGAGUCUUCUUUGGAAUUAUUAGACCUAGCUGGAAAUAAUCUUACAUCCCUGCCCAAUAGCGUCUUUCAGAAUUACGACAACCUGCGUACUUUGGUCUUUCGAGAGAAUCUUGUGGAUACCUUUAAUCCAAUUUUUAAUACUUCCUCUGUAGGUGAGGUCUUCAACGGUUUUCAGUAUUCACUUUACAAUCUCGAUCUCACUGGUAAGAAAAACGGCAUGGUUUCACUUCAGGAUCUACGGCAAAUGCGAAACUUGCGUUUCCUUUCCAUCUCCAGGAUGCCUGGAGGCACACUGUCACAAAACGAUUUUCUCGAAUUUGGCAUGGACGUCAAGGAACUUCGCGUAAUAAAGAGCAACUUGCAAACGAUAAAGAAUCAUGCUUUUUCGCACGUUCGUGGAAUAAAGUACCUGGACUUUUCUGAGAACGCCAUUUCCACUAUUGAGGAUGAUGCUUUCCAAGAGGUUGGAAAUUCAUUAAUGACGUUGAGAAUUGCACACGGACUGUCUUCGUCGUUUAGCGAACUGCCGUAUAAACCAUUCAAAUCGUUGACAAACCUGCAACACUUAGAUUUUAGUAAUAAUAAAAUAAAAUCAAUGCCAGAUACGUCAUUUCAUUUUUUGAAGAGAAUCAGGCGCAUCGAGUUGCAAGACAAUGAAAUAGAUUCCAUUAAAAAAGGAACAUUCCAGGGGGAUAUCCACUCAACCUUGGAAUAUACAGACUUUGGUUACAAUCACAUAGGUAGUUUAGCCACUCACACUUUCGUGGAUUUACCAUCAAUGCAAACCAUCAAUCUUGAAGAUAAUAAAAUUAGUACUAUUGAAAGACGUGCCUUCAUGAACAUGAAUCGUUUGAAGUACAUUAAUUUACGCGGAAACAAGAUCAAAGACAUGCAAAAUGAAGCUUUUCAGAAUUUGCCAGAUUUGGAAUUUUUAGACUUAGCGUAUAAUAAAUUGUCCGAAUUUGAUUUUGAAUCUUUUGAUCAAGUUGGAACAUUAUCGUCAUUCAAAGUAAAUGCCAGUCACAAUGAGAUUCAUCGAUUGUCCGUCAGCGUGAAUGAUUCAGUUUCGUCUUCUUCAAACCACAAUAGCUACUUUCAAGGUGGGAUGAUGCAAUCGAACAUAAAAGUCCUGGACUUCAGCUAUAACAAUAUCACGGAGAUAAUGCGUUUUUACUUUAAACCAGUCGAAUACUCGUUAACUCAUUUAUAUCUCUCGCACAACGAUCUCAGCAACGUAACUCAGGCUGUGUUUGGAAAUAUGCCGCACUUGCAGUGGCUCGACCUCAGCUGGAACGACAUCAUGGAAAUUGAUUUUGACUGCUUCAGAGAGACAAAGAAUCUUCAAGUGCUAACGUUUUCACACAACAAUAUCAUGGACAUACCUGCCGAAUCAUUAAAGUCACUGAAGAAAUUAAGAAUAGUAGACCUAUCGUACAAUAGGCUUAGAUCGUUGGCGGAUAAUUUGUUUAUGGACGCAAGUAUCGAGUACUUGGAUUUGUCACACAAUCAAUUCAUGAGACUGCCAAUUAAGACAAUGUCAAUGACUGCUGCUACCAGUUUGUCCAUUCUCGAUCUGUCGUGGAAUUUCAUUUCCGGUGUACACAAUACAGAUGCCAUAUUUAGAUUAAAGGGGUUGACCUGGCUCGAUUUGUCCUAUAAUCGACUAGUCAGGCUUGACGAUGGCGUCUUCUCGGAUUUACCGCAAUUGGCAUACCUUGAAUUAAGCCACAACAAGCAGCUCAUACUUGAACCCCGAGGAAGGACUUUCCAUGGAUUGGAAGAAUGUCUGUUAUUCCUUGGACUCAGCAAUAUUUCCUUACUUCAGGUCCCAGAGCUUCCAUUCCAUCGACUACAAAGGCUUCACCUGGCACACAACGAGCUGGCUACAGUUCCCGCGGAGAUGGCGGCGAACUUGACAAGCCUUCAUCUGCUGGACUUGAGUCACAACGACCUGACCGUCGUUCCACUUAUCACUCACGCCCUACCGAAUCUACGAAUGUUCAACAUUGCCUAUAAUCCAAUCACAAUAAUCACGAACACGAGUUUCCUCGGAAUCGCGGAUAGUCUCGAGCUUCUCGAUAUACGUAGGCUUUCGCUCUCCACUUUUGAGGCUGGUGCCCUGUGCAAAGCAACGAAACUUCGAACCCUCUUAUGCACUGCCUACACGGGCGUAAAAAAUUUCAAUUUCCCAAACAUGCUGGAGUACAAUCAUGGUCUUAGGCACUUGUUCAUCGACGUACACAACGAUACAACUCUGGAGAAGGAGAUGAGGGGCCGCUUCCCCGUCAAACUCUUCAACUUCACGUUCAGCGGCCGAGCGUUGAAGAGCAUACACCCAGAAGUCUUACAUGGCAUGAGAAACCCGCACCUGCACUUUGGCCUGUACAACACGAGCGUAAGCAACGUGCCCAAGACAAUGUUUGCGCACGCCGAGAUCGUUAGGAACGUGACAGUCGAGUUGCGAGAGAACGAGAUCAAAACCCUGCACAAUCCCUCCAACUCUUACAAGCCUGGCGUGCCGGGCCGGCGGUUCUUGAUGAGGCUUCGGAUGCGCGGCAGCCACCUCAACUGCGACUGCGAUAUUGGUUGGAUUGAAAUGUGGAUGAGGAAACAUAGGCAGUACGAAGAGGAUCGCUGCAACUCGCACUCGGAGCUGUACAACUACGAUAGGGAAGAGGGACACGAGUACGAGUGUUGGGACAACGGCUGGGACGACGAUUUGCGGGAGACGUACUGUGCCAAUAAAAAUAAUGUCUCGGUCGCCGAGGCGCUCAAAUCGGAUCUCGAGUGUGGAUGGGCCGCGGCGGACUCGUUUGGUUUGUCAAGGAUCCUCUUGACUUUGCUUUGGAUUGCCAUGUACGUGAUUUAUUAGGAGCAAAGGAGAAUUGCUUGCUUUCCAAAAAAGGGGCGAAUUUCUUUUGGUAAAAUGUGAACUAUUGCUUCAGCAAAAGUGAAGUUUUUCUUUUUUUUUUUUUUUUCAUCGAAACGAGUUGCGGACUUGUCGUACUGUUUUCUAGGUCUCUUCCACGGCGUGAGGCUCAUAAGUUAUGGUACGACAUAUGGUAUACUUACUGCAACUACUUUUUACCGAAUCUAUGUCGAAAUGCAAACUGAAAUACAAAUUUUUGUUUUUUAAAAAAAAAUGAUGUUAUUUUAUCGCGUUAGUAUCAGUCGAUACACAAGUAUACAAAAUUGAAAAAUUCCGGGUUCAAGAAUGUAUACGCUGGACAACUUUAACAUAAACUUACUUAGUUGAAUAUAAAAGUUAAUAUAAAAAUACAAACAAAAAUACUUCUCAAAAUAUCUUUUAUUUUUAGAUAUUUGGAUACCCAUAACAUUUUCUUAGUACUUCUGCAAAUUGUAAUUACAUGACAGGAAAAUCUUUAACUUUUUUUGACGUUUAAAUUCAACGUGGUUUUAAUAAUUCUGAAAAAUAAUGUAAAUAGUAAUUCAGGUAGUAUUUUCCCAAGAAUUCUAGGCCUAUUAAAGUCCUUUGGUGAAAUAAAGUUAAAAAAAAUAUUUAAAAAAA